GUACACAAGCAGGAAGUAACAACCCGCGCCUCACAACACACCUCCAACAUUUUAGAAUUUUAAGUAAUUUCCUGCAUUUUACAGCUCUGGGACUCAUAUUACAUACGGGUUUGUGGUAAAAAUGGAGGGGGAAGCUCUAAAGAUUUUUAAAGAAGAGGAGGACUUGGAGGAACCAGUGCCUGUACAAGAGCUAAAAAUAUUGGAAGAGGAAACCAGGAUUGCUAGUUCUGUCUAUCGACAUGUGGUACAUCAGCAAGCAGUGGAGGAGGUGGCAGAAGCUGCAGCACUCCAUCCAAGGCAGGAGUUCCUGGUCAGGGCAAAGGAGGAGCCAGGGACAUCUCCAUCAGGUUUACCACUUGUACAGAGAUUCCCAUCUCUGCCCCACAGUGCAGGGGGUUCAGAUAGAUCUGAAUCUGGAAUGCAGUUGCGUUAUUCUGGGACUGGAAGUACCGAUGCUGGAGACAGCGGAGGUCGUGAUGACUCUCUGGAAGAGCUCAUGAGUCUGCCACCCACCCUUGAAACUGCUCUGAAGAUCAACAUGACCUUGCAGCGCAACUACCGAGAAAGAAUUCAAGACCUGGAGAAGGUGCUACAAAAUAGUGAAAACAGACUGAGAAAGUUGAAAGAAGAAAUAAGUGAAGACAGAUUUGCUUGUGACAAAGAAUAUAGGUGGGAUCCAAAUGGAAAGGCACCCAUGCGCAUCUCUCAUUUUUGUGUUCCAUAUUUUAAAAAUCGCAGUGGAAUGAAUGCCCCAAAGAAUGAAGAUGCAAAAUUUAAAGUAGAUAAUGGCUACUUGGACCUCUACACAACUCGCACCCGGCCAUGGAUGGUAAGUGAGGGUGAGACACUGGAGAAUGUAGUCCUGAAGGAGUGGAAGGAGUACAAGAUCAAGACUUGGAACUCAAAAUUACGAGAGUUGGAGCGCAAGCAACGGAACAUGGUGGCCGAGCAGAACGAUAAGAUGGUCAAAACUCUAGAUGAAGAAAUAAAAGAAUGUAAAAGUUGCAUUGAUGUUCUGCACAAGACGCCUUCGGAAAACAUCAGGCCCAAACGAGGAGCUAAAAUGGAUUGGGAAAAGAUAGCUGCCCAAGCGUUUGAUGGUCACCGGAGCUCUGAGGAAUGUCGUCUGCAGUGGGAGAACCUGCUCCACCCAUUGAUCAACCGCUCACCGUGGACUGAGGAAGAAGAUCUUGCACUCCAGGAAGUAGUGUUGAAUUCUGGGCCAAAAGUUCCUGACUGGGAAGCAAUUGCCGAUUAUCUGAAUACCAAUCGGACAGCUUUCUUGGUAAUGCAGCGAUGGGUGUCUUUCAUAGACCCAGCAUUACACCCAGCCAAGUGGACUCCUGAGACCACACAGAGACUCAUUGACACUGUUAACAUGCUGCGGAUUGGCACCCAUAUACCCUGGGCACAGGUUCACCAACACAUGGUGGGAUUCAGCCGUGCUCAGCUUCAGAGUCGCUGGAGGAUGAUCAACCCUGAACAGUCGAAAGGGCCAUUCACAGUUGAGGAAGACUUUAUACUCAUUAAGGGCUUGCACAUGUUUGGGCUAAACUUUGCCAAUAUUGCCCACUUUAUGCCAGGUCGCUCAGUUAUUCAAGUGAGGGACAGGUUCAAGCGGACCAUCUUACUGGGGAUAACCUCUAAGCCAUGGACAAGAGAACUGUUACUUGGCACUAUUUUUUUGCAGGCACCUCCACCCCUGUUUCCAGUGAGCAUGACAGUUGACCCAGUCCAGAUCAAAGAGAUACGCAAGCAUCUGUUGCUGGAAAAUAACAGAGCGAAGGAGCUUGUCGACAGGAGUCGAAGAGGGAUGGAUGUGAAAAGUGUUGUGAAGGAACUGGAAAAUCGUCGCCUGAUGAUUAAAGCUCGUAAGGCUGAUUGGUCAGUGGAAAGAAUGAAGCGUGCAACAGAGCGGCGGGGACGGAGACCGGGGGUUCCUAAUCCUCACCAUACAUCUGUGCCAGAACUUCUGCUGAUAGAUUUCUUCAUACCUUGCAGACAUUAUCCUACAAAUUUUUCAAAUGCAUGUAAACUAAUAGAACAAUUAUUUACAGGUGUGGAUUGUGAGGCAUGCACACUGACUUGCCCAGAGAGUAUCCCACUUCUUCCUCCCAACCAGACCACUCUGGGUGCACUCCGAUCACUCCUGUUGAACCGUCCCAAGUUGACUGAAAUGGCUUCAGAUAAUUUCUUAUUUCUCAAUGCAACCCGAGAUGAAUUGGUAAGGCUAGGAUUACAUCCAAAGUCAAGCAUGCUGCGACGUUGUGGGCUGUCAGGCAUGCCUUCUAUGGACAAAAAUUAUUCUGAAGAAACUGCAGCAGGUUCUAAUGAAGAUCAGAACAUCAGUGGAUUGGUAGCGGGUAAUGUGACAAGGUUGCGGUGGGAGGUUUUACCAGAAAGCUUGCCUGGCCCAAGUGGGUGGCAUCCUGGAGAAUACUCAGGAGUGGAGAACGAAGGGAAAUCUGAUGUUGCCUGUAGGUCUGACCUAAAAGCAUCUGGGCCAGCUAAACCUGGCAAGAAAAGGAAGCAGUCACCAAUGAAAAUCCACAUCACCUCGAUGAUGAUCAAUGAACAUGGACAAAAAAAUCGACCAAAGAAGAGGAAGUGCAGCUUGUAUGCAGAGAAGCGAGGCGAGGGCAGAAUUAAUACAUAUCCUAGUGGUAAACACAGAAUAGAAGUGAUAGUGCCAGGUGACGAGCCAGCUGAACCACCAGUGGUAGACUCAGGGUCCCUUAGGCAAUCUGCAAAAACUGAACAGGCUGUACAAGACCAGUGCCAAGAAGAAAUACAACAACCAGAAAGGCAAUCAAGAAGUCAAAUUACUCGCGAACAUAGUGAAAAAUUGUUGUUUGAGAGAAUGCUUUCCAUCUUCUUCUGGCCAGCCAUGAUGACCAUUAUUGAACCACCUUAUGAGCGCAUAGUGCAAACCAAUGUAAAAAUAAUUCAGAAAGAGAACAUGGAAUCUCCAGACAGUGAAAGUGAGACAAGUUUUAAAAAGAAGUCGAAGAUCAUGCUGACUAAAGAUGAACUGGAUAUCAAGGAGCAAGAGCAGUAUAUCCACCAGCUCUCUAAAAAAGACAUGGAAUAUCGGGCAUGGACUCUUUAUCAGAAGAAUCUUCAAAAGCCAUCAGCUACUAACUUUUCUAAGAAGGGGAAUAAACCCCCAGGAAGGAUUGAGAGAGAGAAUACAGAUACCACUGGUGACCCAGUGGCUGUUGUAAAAGACCGGGGUCAAGUAUUUGAAGUAUUUACUGCUGAACAAAAUAAUGAAGCACACAACUCCCUUGAAGUAGAUGUAGCAGGUAUGAAUUAUAAAAGAAUACAAGGAAAAGGAAAGGGAAGAGCUCGUGGGCGCCCUCAAGGUAGUGUAAUGAAACGUGGGCCUGGACGUCCUCGAGGAAGGAAAUCUGGACAAAGGGCUAAAGCUCCUCAGUGUCCUGAGAUAAAGCCCGAAGAGCUAGCGUCUCUUGUGGUUCCAGUAGGAGAAAACACAGGCGUGGCACUAUUUCGACGCAAACAAAACCUUACCAGUCUGAGGAGGUCACUCGUUAUGAAGAAAAUAUGGGAAGGCCGUCGUAAUGGCUCCUUGCCACCUCGCACAAGUGAGAGAGACAAAAGGAAUUACAAACCACGAGGGUCACGUACACGAGACAGCGUACGCAAGGAACUCCUCAAACCACCUAAAACUCCAAACCCUUGGGACCUUCCACUUGAUGGACCCAUGAGAGUCCAACCUCAGGUGCCUCUUGACUAUGAAAGGUUUAAAUUACAACCACUUGCAGUACUCCAUAGACCAUCAUCAUCAGGCAAUCAAGCAUCAACUUCACAUGAAGAUACACAGUCUUAACUUCACCCUUUUCACUGUCUUGUACAUAUACAUUAUUGAUGCCAGGGUUGCUUACGUAGAUCUACAUUUUGAGCACAGCUUCCUUGGAUAAACUGUGAGUAGUAAAUUUUGCCCUAGACUUGAGAGAAUGGGUCUAUGCAAUGAAGUGAGUGUACACACUAUAAAAAAAAUCCUGCCCCAUGCAGUGCAUGAUCAGAAAAGUAAACCUGGCCUUGGGUUGGAUUUAAAGUCGAGACCUCAAGUUGUUCUCUAGCAUGGUUUUAUUGGCCGUUUCUUGGUAUCACUUGAUAGAAUGAAAGACAUAUUGCUGAAAUUGAGAUGAUUUUGAUUGGUUUCAGGAUUGGAAGCAGCUUGAAAUUUUGUUGAAAGUAAGACCUCACCCUGCAUUCCACCUGCCCCCCAAUCAUUUUUUUUUCUGAUUAAAUUAAAUAAAAUAUAAAAAUAUAUAAAAUAUUAUUUCUUUGGUAAGGUUACAGUGUGUGUUUACAUUUCAUAAUAUGAUUGGUACAAAGAAGGUCACUAUCAUGCCGAUUCAUUUUGAGCAGACUUAACCUAAUACUUAUAGACUACAUAAGUCUAGAGAGGUGAAGAGUGGUAGAAUACAAUAUUCAGUAUUUUACUCUUUUAUUAAUAUGAGGUAGUACAAUUAAUGAUACAAACAUACAUUUUAAAAUUUGUAAUAAUGACUUAAUAAUUAAAGAGUAAUAAAAUAUUUGGGAGAGUUGCUUUAAAUUUGGUUAGAGUUUAGCAUAGUGUGGGUAUGGUUGUUAUUGAGAGAUGAGAUGAUUUUUGAGUAUAGUCCUAAAUUGGUUUGUGGGUAGGAUACCUCUUGCUGUUUCAGGCAAAGAGUUCCAGAUCUUUGGGCCCUUUAUGUGCAUUGCAUUUUUGCAUAGUGUGAGACGGACAUGAGGGAUGUCAAAAAGUGUUUUGUGCCUCGUGGAAUUGGCUUAAAAUAAGACUCAAAUUGGGCAAAAUUGCCAAUGUGUAAAGUGCAUCCAGACCACCAACUUUACACCAGUGUAAUUCCAUAAAUUUUUUAUUAAUACAUAUAUUUUGUAUUGUUCGUGUCAGUACCUUCAGAAAACGAUUCUCUACCAUUUCAGAUGAUUUUUUUUAAUGCCAACACUAAACAGGUAAUUUUGGAGUUUCAGACUGUGAAGGAGUUAAAUAUUGUACUGGUACUCAGCUCUGUAAUCAAAUAUUUUAUAAGGUUGAUGCUGUCAAAUGAAUUUAUUGUUCUU